CAUCAGGGUACGUUGCCCACUCCACAUCAUCUGCUUUGCUCUCCUCAUUCUCCUGCCGGGUCUAAAACACUAUGGGGCUUUUUCCCUCCAGGUCCGCGAUGCUGGGACGACUACUUCUUCAGAGCGCAGUGGUUCUUUGGCUGGUGCAGACAGUGCACACAGGGGGUUAUGGUGCUGCUGCUGGAGUAUCCAAUGGACACGGGCCACAGCCUAAUGGAAGAAAACUCCAGAAUGGUGGAGGUGUAGGACGAAUGCUGAUGCCAUCAAAAGGUGUGGGUCAGGUGAUGGGUGCACAAAAUGGAUACGGCGGAUAUCCCACCAAAGGCAUAGGCUAUGGUGCAGCUGCUGGUGGGAGCAAUGGAGGAGGGACGAAAGGCUAUGGAGCAGCAGCGGGUGUAACCAAUGGACAAGGUGGUAAACCACAGGGAGGAAAUCCAGCAGUUUUACCGAAUAGAAAUGGAGCAAAAUCUAAUGGAUAUGGUGUUCAAGCCGGCCCAACCAAUGGACAACAAAUGAAAGGCAAUGGCUAUGGUGUUCAAGCUGGCCAAACCAAUGGACAACAAAUGAAAGGCAACGGCUAUGGUGUUCAAGCCGGCCAAACCAAUGGACAACAAAUGAAAGGAAAUGGCUAUGGUGUUCAAGCCGGCCAAACCAAUGGACAACCAAUGAAAGGCAACGGCUAUGGAGCUCAAGCUGGCGGUUACGGCGGACAAGCAACUAAAGGCAACGGUUAUGGAGCACCAAAUGGAAACAGAGGCCUUUUUAAUGGUUACGGUGCUGCUGCUGGUGCUUUAGGUGGGAAUGGAGCCAAACACACUGGUAAUGGAGCUGCAGCUGCUGCACAUAAUGGACAUGGAACUAAAGGCUAUGGGGCUGGAGCUGGUUCACCUAAUGGAAAUGGGGCUAAAACUAAUGGUCAAGGAGCAGCAGCUGGUCCGUCCAGUGGGGCAAGACCUAAUGGACAUGGGGGAGCUGGUAGUAAACCAAUGAAAGGAUAUGGUCGACCACCGUACGGCGCAGGUCCAGGUGUGGGGAUUGGAGCCUCCAGAGGUCUGGGUGUACCUCAACUUGCCAGGCACCAAGGAUAUGGAGGUAAUGGUUAUAAUGGUUAUGGAGCUCAACCCAUGGGAGGCCACAUGGGUGGUUAUGGCAGCGCUGGUUUGGGUUUGGGACCUCGGUAUGGAAAUGGAGGAAUGAAGGGACCAAAGCCUGGCUAUGGUGCUGCAGCAGGUGUUGCCAAUGGACAAGGUGCAAAAUCAAAUGGUUAUGCUGGAGCCAGAGCCCCUAAUGGGAAUGGAGCUGUGCCAAAUGGUUAUGGAUACCCAAGUGGUGGAGCCACCAAGCCAGCAAAACCAGGUUAUGGCAAUAUUCCCAAUGGGUAUGGCGCCAAAACCAAUGGAUAUGGAGCCACCAGAGGAGGUGCUAUGAGACCUCAACCAGGUUAUGGAAAUGGAGCAGUUCCUAAUGGAUAUGGAGCUAAACCCAAUGGUUAUGGAGCUGCAGCCGGAGCUGGAGCUGGAGCAGGUGUUACCAAAGGCUAUGGAGCCAAACCCAAUGGUCAUGGAAAUGGUGCUGCGCUUGGUGGAUAUGGAGGUAAACCCAAUGGAUACGGAGACUCAAAACCACAAACUACCAAAGGUGUUGGAGCAGUGUCGCCCAGUGGAGGUGCUAAAUCACUCGACACAGGCUAUGGUGGUCCUGCUGGUGUACCUAAUGGACAGCUGGCUAAAGCAGCAAAUACAGGCUAUGGCAUGAUGCCAAAUGGUGCAGGUGUGUCCAAUGAAAAGGGCCUAAAAGGUGGAGCUCUCUCACCUGAGCAGCCGAGUGCAACACCAGAGGAGGCUGCUGCACCCCCACCAGCAGUAACUUACGGUGCAGCACCUGUUGCCCCCGAGCCGACGAGUGGUAUCCUUGUUAUGGUGACACAAGAGAAAUAUCAAAAGCUGCCUUCACCCGUGCCACAAGGAAAGAGCUACAAACAGACACCACUAAUCCCUCAGGCUACACCAGAACCAGCACCAGCCAUUCCUCAAGGCAAAGGCCCAAAGCCUGCAUUCGAACCCACACCUGAACCACUGGGCAAAGCUCCGAAAGCAGCCACAUCUGGACCUGCACCAGUAGUUCCCCACACUGACCCAGCACCAGAGCCGGAAGCAGUCCCCCAUCAAGGUUAUGUGACUGGAAGUGCUGUGCCUGAGCAGAACGGUGCAGAGACAGACGUUGUUUUUGGGGUAGAGAGCACCAGUGAAGGGGACGCUGCCCCCGAAAGCACCAAACCGCUGAAAACCAAAGCUGUUCCUGAAACAGUGGCAGCUAAAAGUACAGGCAGCAUCACCCCUGAAGAAACACUAGCUGUGGGUGUGCCUGAGGUCACACCAGAGGAGGCUAACAUCAAAAGUCAGCCUGAGGCAGGACCUGACAGGCUCGGGGUCAAAGGUCUCCCUGCAGGAGAUCCUGGGGCAACUGUGAACGGCGGAGGAGCUUCAGUGUCCAAGGGACAGGGAGCUAAACCAGCCAAACCUGACUGUGGACCAUCAGGAGUACCAAAUGGACAAUGGAUGAAAAUACCAAGACCUGGUUAUGGAGCAGGAGCCGGUGUUCCAAAUAGAUUUGGUGCCAAACCAAACGGAUACAGCGCCAGUGUGGGGGGAUAUUCAAACGGUGGAGCUAAAGCAAACAAACCAGCUUAUGGAGCAGGAAGCUACACUGUCCCUGGACUCAGCAAUGGAUAUGGAGCUGCAGGCCUUGGAUAUCCCUAUGGAGGGAAACCUAAUCAACCUAGUUACGGACAAGGAGCAUAUCUCGGAGCUGGAUAUGGAAAUGGAAAUUCAUAUGGAGGAAGCGCAGGUGACGCUGGCAAGUCCAAAUCAGCGUAUGGAAAUGGAAAUGGCUACAGUGCUGGUGUACAGCCGGACUAUGCAAGUCUUGGUCAAGGUGUUCCUACUGUUAAUGGAAAAUCAGGUGGUGCCAAACAGAUGCCUUACAAUGGAGCCCCAGUGGUUCCUGCUGGACUCGAUGGAAUGAGCCAGUUUGAGCCCCAGUCUGCUGGUCUUGGUCCAAAUGGAAAAUUGGGCAGCAUGUAUGGUGGAAUGGGCGGCUUGCCAUUUGGCGGUCAGACUCUGGGAGUGGGUGCAGAGAAAUCUAACACCAAGUAUGGCAUUGGUGGGCUGCAGUUUGGUGGACAGCCCCUCAGUACAGGCACUAAUGGAGCAGGAAAGUAUGGUUAUGGUGGAAGCCCCUAUGGGCCUGCUGGAGACGGCAAAUCAUCUGGAAAAUAUGGUGGUCUUGGUGCUGGCAUGGGCGCUAAUUCUGCACCAGCACAAUAUGGAUAUGGAGGAUUCCCCAAUGGUGGACAGCUUCUUGGUCUCGGCAGUAAUGGAAAGACAGCCGGCAAAUAUGGUUAUGGAAGGAUGCCUUAUGAAGCUCAACCAGCUGGACUGAGCCCUGAAGCCGAAUCUAACGGCAAAUACAGUCUGGCUGGAUCAUCGUAUCAGCCUGAACCUCUGGGACUUGGACAGAGCGGAAAAUUAACAGGCACAUUAGGUGGCGGUGAAGUUCCUUAUGCACCGCAGGCCCUUGGUUUUGGGAGCAAAGCAAAAUCUGCUGGGAAAUACGGUAACCAGGGACCAUACCAGUCACAGCCCCUUGAAUCUGUAUCUGAAAGCAGAUCUGGUGGAGAAUAUGAUGGAGCUGGUUUACCGUAUGAGCCCCUGCCUCUGGAGACAGAUUCAGCUGAAAAAUCUUACGGGAAGGUAGAGGUGCCGACACCAGCAGUUGCAGUUGAAGGCGAGGGGAUGUCCAUUGACAGAUAUGAAAAUGUGGGCUAUAUAAAUGGACAAGUGCAGCCAGAAGUUGUUGCAUUUCCUGCAGCUCCUACUCCCAGCCCUACUCUGGCCUACCCCUCUGACCCGUCCUAUCUGCCUGUGGAGUCCUUCACGCCUGAUGUGGAACCUGAUGCGGGUGUUGGCGACCUGCCUGACCCUGCAGGGACUGCCGACCUCGCCCUCGACUCUGCACCUGCCGCAGAUUCGCUGGGUGUGGCUCAGGUGCCUGAGCAACCUGAUGACUUGCUUCAUCAGCAGCAGCUGCCACGUCAGAUUCACAUUCAGCAGCAUCUCAAACUGCAUUUUCACCCACAAGGAGCAAAGAACGGCAAAUAUGACUUGAAUGGCUUCUUUGGGAACAGUGGCUAUCAAGGUACGGACAGACAAACUACAGAAUAAUCAUUUUCAGCUUGAUGACAGUUGAAAAACCAUCCAACUCAUCUUUCUCCACACAGGUUAACCCCACAGACAACGACAAGCAUCUAUUUCUGUCAUUGUAUAUUAUCUUUAAUUGUUUUCUAAUUGUAUAUUAUUUUUAUUUUCUUCUGUCUGUCAAAUAGUCUUGGUAUUUUUGUGUUUGUUUGUAGCGAUAAAACAUUUAAACAUUUUCUGUUUAUGUAUGUUUUUAUGCACCCUGCAUUACCUUUUGUCCUGCACUUACUGCUCAGUGUACAUGCAAGAGAGGAAAUUAAGACAUGGAGUGUGUCUGCUGCACAGUAUAGUUGAAUCAGAUAGUUUUGCCAGAUGUUGUCAUCUCAAAUUAAUCCUGUUAUUCAGUCUAAUUUAUUUUGCAUGGGAAAGGGUUUUUUACUACUUGUUGCAAGCAUCUGUUUAUUAUUGUACAGUAUUUGGUUGAAUAAAACCAUCAAUUGAUACUAAA